CAGCUGUCUAUUCCGUUCCGUCAGACUAUAGACAACCACUUUUCUGCACGAGCCGGUCGGGAUAUUUUCAUUAUUUUUCGAUAAAUUAUAAAAUAAAAUGGGACGGCCGUGUCUCACGGUGGUUUGCCUGCUCUAUUUCACGCUCGUUGUAUCAAAAUUGUGCACCGCUAAUGAAGUGUUCGGUUGUGGUGGUUUCAUAAAGAAUGCCAACUCGGACCUGGAUUUCAGCAAGGUUGAAGUAGGGCUGUACAACCUGCAAGGCAGUCUGAAAAUAAAAACGGACUGCUCACCGUCCAACGGGUACUAUUUUAUUCCCCUGUACGAUAAAGGACAAUAUGUGCUGAAGGUUAUUCCUCCACCCGGGUGGAGUUUCGAACCCGAACAGGUGGCAAUCAAAUUUGAUGGUACCACAGAUAUCUGCAGUCAGGGAAAAGACGUAAAUUUCCUUUUUAAAGGAUUCGGAAUCACCGGAAUGGUGGAGAUUUAUCGCCAUUCGGUUGGUGCUAAGGGAGUCCAGGUCGAACUUAGAUCGGAAAGCAAUACUAAAAUCGGACAGACAAUUACCGACAGUAAUGGUAUAUUUUCUUUCACGCCGAUUAAAUCAGGAAAAUAUGUCAUUAGAGUUAAACACGAUAAAUGGUACUUUGUACAACCGGAGUACGGUGUAACGGUGACGACCGGGAAUACCGAAAUUCCGCCAAAGUCGUUAGUCGUAGCAGGAUUUCAGGUGGACGGCAGUGUCGUUAGCGAUGGUCAACCUUUCGGUAAUGUUGGAUUUCUGCUGUACGCUGAAAAAGGUGCAGUUUCGAUGGUGAAAUGUCCGACCGAAAAUAUACCGAGGGUUAACGGAACUGAUCCAAAGUACGGUGGAUCUCCACGUUGCUACGUUGAAGCUAAUAAAGCUACGGGAAAGUUUAGCUUCCCGAGUGUUUCAACGGGAAAAUAUCGUGUGGUGCCGCACUUCACCAGCAAAGAUAUCCAGUUCCACAUCCGACCGGAAGCGAUGGAGUUUGAGAUAGGACGUGACAGUGUGGAUCUCAGUGAAAGUUUCGAGGUGACCGGUUUCAGUGUCAGUGGAAAUGUUUUGCUGGGUAGCGAAGGACCGGGAGUAGCAAAUGCAAAGGUUAAACUGAACGGACGAGAAAUUGCCACCACUGGAAGUGAUGGAAAGUAUAUGCUUGCGAAUAUUCAAGCAGGUACCUACACGAUCCAGGUGACGGCCGACGAUUUGCAGUUCAAGGAUCACAUUGUCAAAAUUGCGUUGAGUAAACCGGCACUACCGGAUAUCAUAGUGGAUGGUUUUAAGGUUUGUGGUCAGGUUAUCUCGCAGCAAUCACAUCGAGUUUCCAUCUCCAGGAAAACCCCAACGUUUCAAGUGGAAAUCCCAACGAAAGCAAAUGCCGGAGGCGAAUGGUGCACUUACUUAGAAAGUGGACAAUACACUGUCCGUGUUGUGACGAGCGAGCAGGAACAUGCUGCUGGUAUUCAAUUCUUCCCGUUGACUCAAACGAUCAGUGUGGAUCGAUCUCCAUUGGGUGGAAUAAUGUUCUCCCAACUGCGUGCUACGGUUGAAGGGGAAAUUCGUUGCCUAGCCGAUGCUGCUGGUAGCAGCUGCCCGAAGGAUUUAACGGUCACGUUAACUGCGUUGGAUUCAAACGCAAGUCCAGUUGGGCAGCCAACGAAGGCUGACUCGGAAGCUGGUCGGUAUUCGUUCAGUAACGUUCUUCCUGGUAGCUAUGAAGUUGCUGUACCCAAGUCAAGGCUAUGUUGGCAAGCGAGUACGAUUAGGAUCAAUGUGAAGACAGCUGAGGAAAACGUACCGACCUUUGUCCAGAGUGGAUACGUUGUUUCGAUUGUAUCUAGUCAUAGUACAAAAAUGAUCUACAAAAAAGAAGGCGUAGAAAACGCUAAGUCGCAGGAAAUUGCAUUAAAUCCGGGUUUGAACACAUUCUGCGUUGAUACGGCAGGUAGCUAUGCCAUCAGUUUCGUUGGUUGUCACAAGUUCGAUGAUAAUGUAGCCAGAUCAUUUAGUACGCUGGACUCCACUCCGCUGACCAUAACAGCGGUAAAACAUCGAAACACGGUCAAAAUUCUUGCCGAAGAAAAGUACUCCUAUACCACUAAAGUGUCUAUAGGAAGCUCGAUUCAAACCAUCGAAUUCACACCAACCGGAGAGAUGCUGAAUAAUCGACACGUUUAUAAACACGACUUCUUCCUGGAAUCUGGUGAGAACAUCCAUUUGACUCCGUUGAGCGACAUCAUGCUGUUUAGUCCGGUCUGGCUGGAUGCAACGGGUGGAUCGGAUUGCACCGAGGUACCGACGAAAAUUAUUGCCAGCAAAGGACUGCUCAUCAAUGGAAGAACUGCCCCUCCCAUCAAAGAUGCAAACAUUACGUUGCUAUUCCCCAAAAAUAUGGAACUUACACCUCUGGUAACUAUAACUAACGACAACGGAGAGUUUAGGUUUGGACCAAUCGAUGCUAGUCUAACGGUUGAGCUGUCUGCCGAGAAAGAAUCGUACGUAUUUUCAGCGUUUGACAAGAGCUCCAACACCUUUAGCGGUCAUAAGCUGUGCGAAAUUAUCGUCACGGUCCGGGAUGAUACCGGAGGCAAACUUCCGGGAGUGCUGCUGUCUUUGUCCGGUGCGGAGAGUUAUCGGAAGAAUCUUGUUACAGGCGAAGAUGGCACCAUCAAGUUCCACUCGCUUUCCCCAAGCGAAUACUACCUCAGAGCGAUGAUGAAAGAGUACGACUUCAAACCCAACUCGAAACUGAUCGAGGUAAAGGAAGGUGCAACCGUAACCGAAGAACUGAAAGCAACCCGCACAGCCUUCUCCAUCUUCGGUUCGAUCACAUCCCUCAACGGGGAACCGUUCCCGAAUGUACCGGUGGAAGCAGUAACGGAUGAACGCUGCGGAAACCACCUGGAGGAAGGAACCAGCGAAUUCAAUGGACAGUAUCGAAUUCGUGGUCUACAACCCGGAUGCCAGUAUCGCGUUCGAGUGCGUACAAACGGACCGAACUCCAACGUCGACCGUUCGAUACCCAAGGAAAAGUCGACCACCGUCGAGAAAGGUGACAUUCGCGACGUUAACAUGAUCGCAAUCAGUCCCCUUACGUUUGUAGAUGUUACGGUUCGCGUACUAGCUUCAGAGAACGACUUCUACAAAACGCUAAAGAUCUUCCUGUACAAAACGGGCAGUGAUUCACCUGUUCACUCGCAACGAAUCGAGUCCCCUUUGAACCCGAAGAGCAAAAUCAACCCGGGAAUUAUGGUGUUCUUCCCACGCAUACCAUUCGACGGCAAAUCAUAUUACAUCGAACUAACGACAAGUCUGUCGGAGAAGAACUACAAAUAUAAUCUUCCAACGGUUCAAUUUACUGCCAAUAGCAGCAGCUACUUUACCGAACUGCACUUCCGCCCGGAACUGCGUACGGCCGAAAACGAUCUCAAUCAGAACUCACUGUCUGCCAUCGUUCUCAUAUUCAUCGUUGGUUUCAUCUUUUUCAAGCAGGAUCUCGCCCUGGAACUGCUUGGCAUGGUGUGGAAUAAGGUUGCCGCCGGGGUGGGGGAAAUAGUAAGCAGAUCUAAGCCAAAGGAACAAAAGUACGAACCGGGAGCGAUCGAUGAGAAGGAGAUCGAAAAACUUGCUUCCAGCAUUAAUGCGAUUAAGAAGAAAAAAGUGAAGAAAGCUAACUGAGUAGCGAAGGUGAACUUGUAGUUCAGUGAGCGAUAGCAGCUUUUAGUCAUAGUAGAUGGUAAGAGAUGGUGUUCGGUAAGGAAAAAAUUAUUUGAAGGUAUACUACGUAUAACAAGUCUGGUUUAAUAAAACAAAGCGUUUUGUUUUUUUUCCUGGA